AUGAACGCUGCGCAGGCACCUUCGCAGAGCAAGCGGCCGCCCGAGAAAGGAUCGUUCCCACUGGACCACUACGGUGAGUGCAAGCCCGCUAUGAAGGAGUUUCUGGUCUGCAUGCGUGAGCACCGCAACAGCCACAUCGACUGCAAGACGCUCUCGGCCGCUUAUCUGCAGUGCCGCAUGGACAAGGGCCUGAUGAAGCCCGAGGAGUUGGAGAAGCUGGGUUUUCACGAGGAAGGCAUGAAAAAGAUGUGGACGGAACAGACCAACGAGGGUAGAAAGGAAGGCGAGGGAUUCGUUGCAGGCCUGGGCAUCAAGAAAUCCCGCUAUGAGAAAAAGUAG